CGGUUCGGACAAGCUCAUAAACUAGCCCCGGGAGCUGUCGGUUGCGCGCUGUCGGCUAAUUGAUCGUUGCUCGUGGGAAUUUAUCUUGAUCAGAUGGACCAUUUGAAGGACCUCUUUUGGGUAGGUUGAUCAGUGAAGUUAUUGUUAUUGUUUAAAUAUUUAAUAAACCCGCUUAAAAAUUAUCUUCGAGAAAAUAUUUAGUGGUUUGUCUUAGUCAAACUUAUUAUUUUUUUUAAAAUGUGGGAACCGUUAAAAAAGGAUCAAACGCCCUUUCAAAACAGCAAAAAUGUUCAGCUGGAUCAAAUGAUGAAGUGAAGAUAUAGUUUGUAAUUUUUCUCCGUUUGCUUUCAACCAACCGUUUCACUUAACUUUAAGUAAUUCAAAACAACCGGGAAACGAUGAUGUCGUGUGCAUUUUUUCCUCUGAUUCUGAAGUAGACGAAAUGAUCCUGUGAAGCACAGUCUUACUGAAGUAGACGGAAAUGCCGGCCGAUUUUGAUGACGUGCUGAUGAUGGGAGAAUAUUUUUCGGUGAUGGAAAUUCAUCAACCGUGUCCGGCGAACAGCAUCCUGAUGUGAUAUGGUGAUGGUGAGCAGUUCUUUUUAAAAAAGAAUUUGAUGCAUCUCACACUUGGCAGCAAAGUUGUGGGCGGCAGAGUGUUAUGAAAAGUGAAGUUCGUAGUGAUGUGAUGUUACGACUGUGUGACCAACGACCAUUCGUGGCGCUCUGCUAGUUUAUUAGAGUAAAAAAGUAGCAAAAAAACUGACGAAUUCGUCAGAGAGCUACCAUCAUAUCCUGAUGACGAUGUGUUGUUUUUAUCUCUGUUUCUGUUGGGAAGUGCAUCAGUUCAACUGAAGUUCAAAGGACGCGUUUAUGGGCUGCUGCUGUCAAACUAACCAAAGUCCAAAGUGAGUGAGGAUCAGGAGAAUCAGGAAGGAGGACGGAUGCUGAGAAGGGAGAACGCCUAGCUGGGUGCCUCUCGGUUGUUUGGCUGGUGGUUUGCGUGCUGUGGUUUGAGUAAUUAAAAUAAGUUGAUGAGAUGAACGAGAUCUGUUGAGAUUUGGGAAGGCAGCGAUUUUGUACCAAGUUAUUUGCGUGUGAUUCAAAACUCAACAAGUGUCAACGAGCUUCACAUCUUCCAUUUAACAUUUGUAGUAUCAGAAAUUACUGACAAAUAGAAUGUCAUUAUUUUGGCAGAAAUGGAAACAAAAACGUUCACUGCUGUAGGAAUCCUAUUCGACGACAGCACUAUUUUCACACCAAUUUCAGUGCCAAAAUUGGUUGGUGCAGCAACGAUAGUCAAUUUCAUCAAAUUAACCCGCCUAACCGAAACGAACGGAUCGUGAUUUGUGAUUCCAGUGAUUAACGGUGGUUUUGACAGCUCCAAAAUCAGAACUCCCUCGUCCGGAUGAAGCAGGGAUCGAAACAGUGAAAAACCAGAAAACUCAUCAACCAUCCCGAUACUUACAACUUGAAUUGUGAAUCAAACCGAUGUGCAUUACACAGUAGUUAAAAUCAAAUCAAACCCUAGGUAAUUAAAAGCCGCGGCAGCAGCAGCAGAAUCAUUCGAAAAUGACGCUGAUGACGUACUUGACCGUGACGGCACUGCUCCAUUUGCUACAGUUUCCAGUCAUCGGUGCAGUCAGCUGGGAAGAAUGGUGGACCUACGAUGGAAUAUCAGGUCCUGCCUUCUGGGGUCUCAUCAAUCCGGAGUGGUCCCUCUGCAACAAAGGACGCAGACAAUCGCCGGUUAAUUUGGAACCCCAACGGCUGCUAUUCGAUCCGAACCUUAGGACGCUUCACAUCGACAAACACAGAAUAACGGGGACUAUUGCCAAUACUGGACACAGUGUAAUUUUCACAGUAAACAACGAAACGUCCGCCUCCAGUGGAACGCCUCAAUUAGCAGUCAAUGUCACCGGUGGCCCUCUGUCUUAUCGCUACCGGUUUCACGAAAUCCACAUACACUACGGCCUACACGAUCAGUUCGGUUCCGAACACAGUGUAGAGGGAUACACCUUCCCAGCUGAGAUUCAAAUCUUCGGUUACAACUCUCAGUUGUAUUCCAAUUUCAGCGACGCCCUGUUUCGGGCCCAAGGUAUCAUAGGCGUAGCGAUACUAGUACAAUUAGGGGACCUAUCCAAUCCGGAGCUGCGAAUGCUGACGGAUCAGCUCGACAAGAUUCGUUACGGAGGUGAUGAGGCUGCGGUGCGAAGGCUCUCGGUUAGGGAUCUGCUCCCGGAUACGGAGCACUACAUGACCUACGAGGGUUCAACGACAGCUCCAGCUUGCCACGAAACCGUCACCUGGAUCGUGAUGAACAAACCGAUCUACAUCACCAAACAGCAGCUGCACGCCUUGCGAAGGUUGAUGCAGGGUGGGCCGGACCAUCCGAAAGCACCACUCGGAAAUAACUUCCGGCCUCCGCAGCCACUUCUGCAUCGUCCCGUGCGGACGAACAUUGACUUUCGAAAUAAACAGGAAAAAGGGGGAAAAAUAUGUCCAACUAUGCACAAUGACGUUCACUAUAAAGCUAAUAGUUGGAAACUCAACUGAACGUGACCAAACAACUCAGGAGGACCAGGAGGACGAGGAGCCAGAGGACAGUUUGGUGAUCUUCGGCUAGACGCUCGGAAAGAAAGCUGACCCGAUCAAGUUGUGGCCGUACCUCAAGAAUGGAUCCUUGUCGAAGAAACUACUACUCAAUUAUGCUUCCAGUGUACAGAAUAAUCAACAAACUCUACGCAAAAGUGUCUGUCUAGAAGAAAUCAAGGAUAACGAACAAUUCGAUACCUACCUUCCAGUAGUUAUCGAACCGAACGCCCGAAGGUAACAACGAUGCGCUAAGUGCUCUAGAAAGGCAACGUAGGGCCCCGUGAGUUAAAGUCGAACUGUGUAGGUGAAAUCGAAGGGUAUUCCUGGGUGCAGGGGGCAAGUCAAACUAUCAAGAACUGGUAAAACGAAUUGUGCUUUUCGCUUUUCUGUUUCAUUCCGAGCAUUAUUUGUACCAAAUUGGUCCGAUUAUAUCUGACCAAGUGUAGCAGUGUUUUGGCGGAGAAGGAAUUGAAAUGCAUCGCAGCAGAAUCUUUUCUGCUUUGGUCUCUUCUCGUUGAUUGCUUACUAAGUUAAACAAUGUUGGUGUGCGAGGAGAAAGGAGAGUAGAUUGAACCGGGAGACGAAAAGUAGAUGAUGCUGCAACAGCGCUAAGCCAAGUGUAGGAGAAACUCUAUUAAAAGUUUGAAAAAAUUUGUAAAUAAUAUUAAUGUAAAAAAAUGAGAAAAAACAACACAAGAAGUAGCAGAUGGUUGACGGUGAAAGGUUGCACCUAGAACUGAGAAACGAGACAUAGAACUAGGAACAAAAAAAUAGUAGAACCCGAUAGACGAGGCUGCAGAGUAGUGGAAAGCUAAGAAAAUUGGCUCUGCGGGAGCAAAUGGCGGCAGGGAUGAGGGAAAUUGUAGCAAAUAAAUUUCAAGCUGAGAAGACUAUAAAAAAGAGAUAGUAGCUGACGAUGAGGAAGACAACUUUGGACCGUGAACAAACAGAAAAAAAUCCUGGAUCCUGCUGGGAGGGGUGAAACACCUUCCAUCCAAACCAUCCACCACCAGCACUUCUAUCAUCAAUAUCAGUUCUCGAAAAGUGCUAUGGUUUAAAAAACCAAGGAGUUUCCCGUCGUCGAUGAUGAAGAAUGAGGAACAUUCAGGUGGAACGGCGAGAACCAUUCCAGGGAAUGAGUCCUCCUAGACCCUGACUGACUGAAUGAAUGAACGAAUGAGCUUUAUGGUGCUUUGAUGGCGAAUAAAUUGUGAGAAAAUGACCCAGUGGUGGUAUUUUAUGGCAGUCCAGGAAGGUUGGACCAACGAAAAAAAAAAUAGACGAAAAGACAAAACGAAAGUAAAACAUUGGAUGAGUUAGUGAGUUUAACUUUCGCUCGCUCUGUUAUUCCACCUGUGGGGUGUGUGUAUAGUUAGGAUGCUUGUCAACUCUUGAAAGUUAGUUCGGGCGGGUGUUUGGAUGGAAAACAUUAUUUUGAAACAAUCUUUUGGAGCUGAGGGGAGCUAACUUAUGACAGCUUUGGGGAAAAUGAUUUCCGUGCCUUUACAACCGUUGAAGGUUCCUGGUAGCAGCUGAAAAAAAUCAACAAGACAGUAUUCAUUUAUUUGACUUGGAAAUUGUUCAAACAUAUUGGUUAGAAAUUAUUUUUUACAGCUUUAGCCGAACAAACUCAAACAUACUCAUAAGAAGCAUUAGAAUAAAAAUUACUGAUAAAAAAGUAAUUUUGUGUAUCAAAAACUACUGCAAAGAAUUAUUAUUAGCUAAUGGAACUUUAACAACUCAUUCCAAUCAAUUUUGUUGGUUUUGGAUGGCGUUUACUUCUCGUUGCAUUUAAAAAAUUUAAAACAAUAGCCGCAUCAAGGAUUAUUUAAAAAAAUCGUUGAUAGGAGAACGUCCGGAUUCUAAAAGCCUUGUAGAUUGUAUUGGAAAUUUUUAUGGCUCCAGUUCACAUCACGGAGUAGCUUAAAAAGCGCAUAUAUUUAUGGCUGUUGCAAGGAUUGUGUGAAAAUUGUUCUUUUAAACCAAUACACGCCGCCAAUAAUAUCCGAACCUUCGGUGGUCCUUCAUGAAGUAAUUAUAAUCAGUCAGAAAGGGCGUCAUGUAGUGGUUCACUUCACCUUGUCUCGAUCCAUUGAUAAAUAUUUAAGUUCAAACAAAACAUUGAGACAAUAUUUCUAUCUAAGCUGUCUCACAGCUUCUACCAGAUAGUCUUAGAGAUUUCUGAAGCUCGUUUGCUUACGUUCAUAGGAAUAAAAGUCAUCCAUAAACAACAUUGAAGUGAGCAUUUUUUUUAAUCUUCCGUUUACAGACUGCAAUCCUAGACAGGGCAAGCCAUCGCGUCACUUCAGUUUGCUAUUCUGAAUUCAUGGGUCUAGUGAGACAAUUCAAGAUACUUAACGUGAACAUCCUACUCAUAAAUACUACCUAGGGCCUUUGACCUUGGGUCUCAACUCGAACUGUCGUUAAGCUAUCCUUUAAUGGUAGGAGGUCACGCUAAAAUGCUUCACUCUUUAAUAAAUUAUUUAAUCUCUCUUAUAACAACUCGAGAACUGAUUUCUCCUCGGAUCUCUCCCUCUCUAACCUCUCUGACGACUCAAAGCCUAAUCUCUCUUCUGACGUCUCGAAAUCUGACCUAACUUCGUAAUGCCUCGAGGUUAAAGCACACAUACCUCUUCUCUUCACGACUCACAAGGCCUGAUAUCUCCUCUGAUGACACGGGAUCUAACCUCAUCUCGAAUUGACUUGUGGUUAAAAAGCAUACUCCGUUCCUCUUAACGACUCCAGGUUCGACUUCUCAUCACUCAAUCACUCGAGACAAGGUUUGUCUCUUUUGUCAGACGUGUGACUUGCUCCUGUUACAACACACGCGCAGGCUUAACGUAACGACUCGGUUUCUUCCCGACGAAAACGUCAUCUUACAGCAGCUCAAGUCACUCGCCUGGAAAAGCCCCCUCAAUGGAACAACCGUAUUCACUACGAUCUACACUGCGAGGAAGGUUCAGUCUUAUUCUACUACCCACAAACUUCCCGGUGGUGGAGAUAAAUGAUGGUCAUGAUUGUGGCUAUUGACUACAUACGCAUGCUCUCUCACGUAACAGUACUGCCCAGUUUUUAUUGGUUUAUUGGGAAGUCAGGUUUGUUGGCAUAGUUUUUAGAAUGCAUCCUCUUCUUUACCGUAUCUAUCAGCUCUCUCGUUGCUAGAAGGACGACGUUGCCUACUAAACUAACCAACGACUUUUCCUCUGAUUAGAUCUACGUUAGCUUCUCACAAAAUAGAGUAUUCUUCUCAAGAUAUAACCUUCUUUUCUUGUUCUGCUGUGCUUCGCUGGAAAUAUACUGUGUAGCAUGCCUACCUACCUAAGGGUCCGGCGCCAAUUGACCAACGCAUAGGGCUGAGAUAAAAGAUCUCCACUGCUGGCGAUCCGGAGCCAGCGUCUUCUCUUGCUACCAGCCAAGGUUCUUGUCGAGCUUCUGGGCCUGCCUCUUCUUCGAGGCCUAUCUGGAUUUCACUCAAGCGCUUCUCUGCAAAUCUCGUUCUCAUCUUUUCUCAGCAUGUUGCCAAUCCAUCUCCACUUACGUUCCCGAAUCUCAAUUUCUAGCGCCUUUUGAUGACACUGACGAUGAAGUUCCACGUUUGAGAUCCAGUUGCAAGGCCACCAAGCGCGGAUGACGUUUGAGUUGAAGAUUUGGAUUUUAGUUCGUAGAGAGAUCUGGCGUGAGCGCCAGAUGUUUCGGAGACUCGCCAAACGCAAAUCGGGUUUUUCUGAUCUGGGUUUCGAUGUCUUUCCUGGUACCACCAUCAGGCGUUAUCUGACUACCAAGAUACUGGAAUCACUUCACUGUCUCAACCUGUUGUCCAACUACCACGAAAUUGGAUCGUUUUUCUGUGUUGAUCUUCAUCGACUUGGUCUUUCCGACAUUGAUUAUGAGACCUGCUGCCUUGGAACUUUUGGUGAGGUCGUCGAGUUUGCUCUGCAUGUCUUGUUGUCUUUGAACGAGCAAAACAAUAUCGUCAGCCAGGUCAAGGUAGUUCAGUCAUUGUCGAAGGAUUCCAUGGCAACGCUCGGUUCGGUCUACAGUCAAUCGAUUCAGUCAAAAUCUCAUCCGUUACGCUGAGAAAGAGUAGCGGUGAUAAGAUACAUCCCUGUCUUACUUUAGAAGUUACCGGGAUUGGUUCGGACAAGACAUCGUCGUGCAAGUCCUUGCACGAAAAUGUUUUGUACUGCGCUUCGAUGAGAUGGACUAGUUUCUCUGGGACUCCUCGUCGUCUAAGAGCUGCCCAGAUGUUUUCAUGAUUAAGUCGGUCGAAUGCUUUUUCGAAAUCAACGAACACCAGCAGAAGAGAGUCCUGGAAUUCGUUGAUUUGUUCCAGUAUGAUUCGUUGCAUUGUGAUGUGGUCCACACAUGAUCGUCCGGAUCGGAAUCCAUCUUGUUGCCAUCGCAGUGUAGCGUCGAUUUAGCCCUGGAUCUAGUUCAGGAUCUCUUUGCAGAGUACCGUCAACUGGGGCAACAUGCAACAAUUUUCAACUUCAAUGGCUUCUAAAAAACUUAUGUUCACAGUAAAUCGUAUCCUUUAUGCAUCAAAAGUUUUAAGGAUGCUGGGGCAUCAAAUUGGCGUAGUUAAAAAAAAUAUUGGUUGCUUCAGUUAUUUUUAUUUUUCUAAAAACAUGCGAUUUUCACACUCCUUAGGAAAUGGGG